GUGUGUGUCACUGAGUGCCCUAAAGCUUCUACCUGUUAGAGUGGUGUUGCAGUCUUUACUCGGGCUUUAAAAUGACUUCUCAGGGUUUGGAGAAGCUCCGGAUGACGGGUGCUGGGAAAGCCUUAGCCGUGUUGACCAGUGGAGGAGAUGCUCAAGGUAUGAACGCCGCUGUCCGUGCUGUCACUCGUAUGGGAAUAUAUGUUGGAGCCAAGGUGUAUCUGAUUAAUGAGGGUUACCAGGGUCUGGUGGAUGGAGGAGACAAUAUCACUCUGGCUCACUGGCACAGUGUAACCAACAUCAUCCAGCUGGGUGGGACAGUGAUAGGCAGCGCUCGCUGUAAAGCCUUCACCACACGAGAAGGCCGCGUGGCUGCCGCCUUCAACCUUGUGAAACGCGGGAUCACCAACCUCUGCGUGUGCGGAGGUGACGGCAGCCUUACGGGAGCCAACAUCUUCCGGAGUGAGUGGAGCGGACUACUCGCCGAGCUACAGUCCAAAGGGAGGAUCUCUGCCGAGACAGCAAAAAAGUACGACCACCUGAACAUCGUGGGUUUGGUCGGCUCCAUCGAUAACGACUUCUGCGGCACCGACAUGACCAUCGGAGCAGACUCCGCCCUCCAUCGCAUUAUGGACAUCGUAGAUGCCAUUACCACCACUGCUAUAAGCCAUCAGCGCACAUUUGUCCUGGAGGUAAUGGGACGACACUGCGGAUAUCUAGCUCUGGUGUCUGCUUUAGCGUCUGGAGCAGACUGGCUCUUUAUACCCGAAGCUCCUCCAGAGGAUGACUGGGAGGAUGUCAUGUGCGCUCGGCUUGGAGAGAGCCGUAGCAAGGGAUCCAGACUCAACAUCAUCAUCGUUGCUGAGGGAGCAAUCAGCAAAAAAGGCGAACCAAUCUCCUCCAACUAUAUUAAAGAUCUGGUUGUGAAGCGGUUGGGUUAUGACACCCGAGUGACUGUUCUGGGCCACGUGCAGAGAGGAGGGACUCCGUCAGCCUUUGAUCGAGUACUAAGUAGUAAGAUGGGCAUGGAGGCAGUGGUGGCGCUGAUGGAGGCGACUCCUAAUACCCCUUCAUGUGUGAUCGGCCUGUCCGGUAACCGGUCAGUGAGGCUGCCCCUCAUGGAAGCGGUGGAAAUGACUAAAGCAGUGCAAAAGGCUAUGAAUGAGAAGAGGUUUGAGGAGGCCAUUGAGCUGCGUGGAAGGAGCUUUGCAAACAACUGGGGCAUUUACAAGUUACUGGCGUACCAGAAGCCUGCUCAAGUCAUGAGCAACUUCUCAGUGGCUAUCCUGAACGUGGGUGCUCCAGCCGCUGGAAUGAAUGCAGCUGUGAGGUCUGCAGUGAGGGUGGCACUAGCAUCUGGUCAUAAAGUCUACACCGUUAACAAUGGAUUCGAGGGCCUCGCUAAUGGAGAGUUUAAAGAGAUGUCUUGGAGUUGUGUGGCUGGUUGGACCGGGCAAGGUGGCUCAGUUCUGGGAACUAAACGAACCCUCCCCACUACCUGCAUGGAAAAGCUGGUUGAAAAUCUUACCAAGUACAGCAUCCAGUCCCUGCUAGUAAUUGGUGGCUUUGAGGCCUAUGAAGGGAUAUUGGAGUUGUAUGACGCCAGGGGCCACUACAAUGAGCUGUGUAUUCCCAUGUGUAUCAUUCCUGCCACCAUCAGCAACAACGUCCCUGGCACCGAAUUCAGUCUGGGUGCUGAUACUGCUGUUAAUGCAGCUAUGGAGAGCUGUGAUAAGAUCAAGCAGUCAGCUACGGGAACAAAGAGGCGAGUAUUUGUGGUGGAAACCAUGGGAGGAUAUUGUGGAUACCUUGCCACCACCACUGGUAUUGCUGUGGGAGCCGAUGCUGCAUAUAUAUAUGAAGAGCCUAUCAAUAUCCGUGAACUACAAACCAACGUUGAGCAUCUGGCAGAGAAGAUGAAGAAGGACAUCCAAAGGGGUCUGGUGCUGAGGAAUGAGAAAUGCCAUUCACAGUACACCACCGACUUCAUCUAUAACCUGUACACUGCUGAAGGAAAAGGAGUGUUUGACUGCAGGGUCAACGUGCUCGGACAUCUGCAGCAGGGAGGCGCACCUUCACCUUUUGACAGGAACUUUGGUACAAAGUUGGGUGUGAGGGCCGUGCAGUGGCUUAAUGAGAAGAUGGCUACCACGUUCAGACAAGGUUCUGUUUUUGCAAACUCCCCGGACACGGCCUGCGUGUUGGGACUAAAUGGCAAAGUGCUUACGUUCAGUCCUGUGGCUGAGCUAAAGAAGCAGACUGACUUUGAGCACAGGAUGCCCAAAGAGCAGUGGUGGCUGGGUCUGCGACUGAUGCUCAAGAUGUUGGCCAAAUACCAGACCAGCUUUGAUCAGUAUGUCACGGGAGAGAUUAGACACGUGACCCGUCGUUCUCUCAGUGAAGACCCUGGGUUUUAGUUUUAGUCACAUACAUUAAACUGAUAUAGACCAACACACCUAUUUACACCAGCUAAACUUUCUACCAAGAAAGUUCACAACCACAGCAGGGAACAACACUCCUCUCAACGCAGUGCCUAAACAAGCACUUUGCCAAAAGUUUUAAUUUUCUUUUUUUUUUCUUAAGCCUAUAACAAUUUCAGGGAGCAGUAGUACCACUGCAGUGUAUUAAACCUUAAGGGCUGUAUUCAAUCUUAAAAUCUUAUUACUCAGUAUUAUCUAAAAGUUGAAGUAAUAGUUGCUAGCUAGAUAAAUUCAUCUCAGCAGCAAAUGACUGACGCAGUAGAGGCUAUAUUUCCUAAAUGAAAUUCCUAUAUAUAAAAAAAGAAAAGGGGGGGUUAUUCCCAUAACCCCUUUUUAAAAAUUCUUAAUUAACACUUAUUCCCUAGAGUAAGCAUUAAUUCAUGCUUGGCUAAAGCAUAAAAGGAAACUAUAAAUUUUCAGGAAAUGUGCUUUUUAACCGUUUGUGUCAUUUCCUGUUAAUCUUGAAGUAACAUUUUUUUUACUAUGGCCAAUUUUAGAUCUGCUCAUGAUUUGGUCUUGUAUGCUACAGAAGUCCUCUGGACACGUCUCAGAUUGGAAACUGCUUUUACAGCUUUACAUGAUACUAAAAUGCUUUGUGACUUUUACACAAAAAAUAAAAAUAAUGAACCUCAGACUAACAUUUUAAGAGUUGUAGAAGAUUAGUGGGACUGAGGCCACUUAAACCUUACUGUGUGUGUAUGUGUGUGUGUGAGAGAGAGAGAGAGAGAGAGUACAGUUCAUGAUGUCUUAAACAGGACAAGCUUGUUGCCAAAAAUUGUCAUCAUUUUCAACUCCUACAAUAGAGACGGAAAAGGUCGACCAGCAGCCUUCCCUGCUUUACACGCAGAUUUUUUUGUUGUUGUUUUUGCUUUAAUUGUUUUACACUGGAAUGUUAACCGUGUGAAGUCUAAGCUGCUCAUACCUGUAUGUGAUUGUGUAAUUUAGUGUCCAUGAAAUGUGAGGUGUAUUCAUUGAAAGGUAAAGGUAUUCAAAAGCAUGUUAAGAGUAUUUACAAAGAACAUCCCCACCAGUAUUGUUGUUCAUUAUUUCAUAUUUUUCUUUUCUACUGUUUUUGAAAAAAAAAAAACAUUGUAACACUCCUCUGUAUAAAGUAAUGCAAAAACAGAAACUUAGAUGUGAACCUAAUGCUAUACACUAUAUAUGUAUAUAUAAAUAAUAUGAAGUCC